AUGCAAGGACAACAACGCGAAGGGGAGAACACUACAAGUCCGCAAUUCACUCACCCCUCAACCAGCUCUCCCCAUACAACUCUACCAAGCACCCGGCGUUCAAGAGCUUCCGGACCAACCCCUCCUCUAGCGGUGAGCGCCGAGCUUUCAGAUGCCGAGGAGAGGGUAAGGGGGAUGGAGACAAUCGCUGAGCAGCCGGAGAGCGGGUCAGAAGCCACUUCGUCGCCCGCCCUGCAGCAAGCAACGCGGGUCCCACCCACUCCCGAACCAUCAGGAUCGGGUACUGGGGGGGCCGCGGCCCCAGAGGUUAACCUCCCGACGGAGCCAAGCGACUCACAGACUUCACUGAUUCCUCCUGACUCUUCUCGGAACCUGGAAGACUCGGUGCUUAGCCGGGGUAGGAGACGAGUGCCGGUCCUAGUACCUUAUCCACGUCUCCCCGUGUCGCCACAGGUGAUAGAUGGCGUUAGGUCAACCCUGGAGUCGUAUGACAGGGUUCGGAGGGAGAGAGAAAACAGCACUCCAGCUGGCUCUCGACUGGAACAAACCAACGAACUCGAACGUGAGGAAGAGGAUGAUGAGGAGGAAUACGAGAACCCAGAAGACUCGGAUGAUGCCGAGGAGAGCAUCGGGAGCGAUGGGGGGGACCAGGAACCUGAGUCGCCUCAGCCUGUGCCGCCAGUCCAAGAGGCGCUGAACCUCACUCCGUUCCAGAAUAUGUACUGGGACAAAGGCGCUUAUCAGUACAUCGAGACUCCACAACAUUCCACUCCUACACGCAACUCGCAGGACUCGUUAUUGCGUCACUGUCUAGGACGUCCUUCGACCCUUCCUACGUUCGACGCUCAUACUAGUCCCGCCGCUAAUUCCAGCAUCUUAACUCACCAUUUCCCCGCAACUCCCGUAAACCCCUCCUUUCAGCCGUCACAGCCGUCCCCACCGUUACCGGCUGUAGCUAGCCAAGGAGUAAUCGUGUACCCUGAAACUUCUGGUUUCGAGAGGAGAGUUUCCUGUGACUCUAAGCCCAAACCUAAAAUCGCGACGGAAUCCGUUCCUACACCCCGGACGCCCUCGCAGGCAGUUACCAUAACCGUUAGCCGGGAUGGACUUACGUAUUCCCGGGACAACGUCGUCCACUUUCUCUCGGCUGACUGUGAGCUUGCUCAACCAGUCAGCAAGCUGCUACAAGCUCUCCACUACAUAUCCGUAGAUGACCUCAAGGCGGCAAAUCCCCUAGUGGGACAGGUCUUCGCCACCCCCCUAGGCAAGCACAGAGUGUUCACGGUGUUUGUUAAGAAACACCACUUCGACUAA